GAGGGUGGGACCGCGCUUCUCCAAAGCCGCAAUUCCUUAUCUUAAGUGACCAGGAGAAGGAGCACAGCAUAUGUGCCUGGAGGAGGAGGCCCCAUGGAGGAUGGGACUGUGCUUCUAUCUUAAGCAGUCAUGCCAGCAGAAAAAGAGAGGCAACUCUGCGAUGAACCCCCCCCACAAAGCUCUCCGACCGAUUCCAGAGAACCCCAGGAAUGGGACUGCACAUGUCAAGACCAUCGACUAACACACUAUAAAAGAAGGGAGAACGAGUCCUCAGGGCGCGCCCUCCGGAACUGGAUCUCUACGCUGGCUGGACCAAUGCUGGACCCAGGACUGGUGAAACCCUUUCCUUCUCUCUUUCUUUCUUUCUCUCUUUCUCUCUUUCUCUCUUUCCCUCUUUUCCUUCUCUCUUUUCCACAGUCCCUACACCUCAUCCUUUUAAACAUAAACCGUUGACCAAGUCUGAGACUAGGAGUGGAUCUAGCCGCCCCUGGGCUCCUCUUUGAGAAGGAGUCCAGAAAGCAAGGGGGUCUGCUCUGAACCUCGUGACUCAACGGGAGGGCUCUCCUUCUGAUACAUUUCAUGUUCCUUUUUCCAUUUCUUUUUCUACACCUCCCCUCUUUUCUCAAACAGCGGCUUAAUGACAUGUUGCAAGGUUCAUAUUGAUAAGUUCACUUGUACUUGGGCAAGGUUAGCUAGGUUGAAUAAAUGUUGAUUGUUGUUUGAACUCCCCUGGUGUCGUUUCACCUUAAUUCUGACAAAGGAAAUCCACGAACCUGAGUCGCUCCAACUUUGGGACACGACAUCUUAAUUGGCGUCACGGACAGGAUUUCCCUUGUUGGAAGGGAGUUUCUAACGGGAUACCGGACCUCCACUCAGAGAACGAGCGGGGAGGAUCUGGGAAGGAUGUCUCAACAAUAAGUCGGGAGGGAUCCGAGCAGUGGCAGGCAUGGUGACCCGGGAAAUAUCUGUGUCUGACUGUUCCCCUGUUUUAGAGAAGCUAAUUGCAUAUAAAGCCCACCCUUCCCCACAAGGAGUAGCCUGGGCACGAAACCACUGGCAUGACCCAAAAGCCAUUGUAGGAAGAAUUGAGAAGCUAGCAAAAGAAGGCAGGUUUCGCCUGGGAAAAGGGAAGGCUGUAGUGUGUGCAGUGUUAGGGGCCGCACUCGUAGCAGCCCAGGAAGACAGACAGGAAACAAUGAGAGCUGAGCAGGCAGAUAAGGAGAAGAUUCAGUCCCUGCAGGAUUUAUUUAAAGUCCUGCAAGAGCAGUUAACUGCUGAGCGUAAUACAACGCAGCGGCUUCAUGCCGCCUUGUCUGAUGCAUUAGAUCAGGAAAGAAUUUUACGAGCCGAGGCGGAUGAACGAUCUGACCCGGACUUAGACCUGGAAGGUCUAGAGGUAGUUCAGGUGAAACAGCAAAAAUCUUUAUACCCAAAUCAAGAGUUAGAAUGUACCAGAAAAGUUUUUUACCCUGAGGAUGAAGGGAUAGCAAUGAGGCCAUUAAUUAAAACAGAAACCAUAGACAAUGGCCAAAAUGGCAGAGCACCACACGUGACCAUUAAGACGGUACCAUAUUCUGCCACUGAAUUAUCUAAAAUUCAGGAAAAGUAUAUCCGACUAGCAAAGGAGACCGAAACAGAAUAUGUGUGGAGGGUGUCAUUAACCGGUGGCGACCGGAUUUUAUUGUCAGAAGAUGAAGCCCAAGGAUAUUGGGGGCCUGGAGUGUUCCUAACUACCGAUGAUCCUAGGGAACCGUGGUCUCUGACGCAGUGGGCAGCUUACUGGGCAGGGGGAAUAGACCAAAUGGAAUGAGGAGAACCAACAAGGAUAGACACCCCUUCUAUAAAUCAGUUAACUGAGAGCUUACAGAAAACUGCUUGUCUCCAAUUAAUGCAUGAUAGGCGAUUAGUGCCACAACAGCCCUCUCCAAUGUUGUUAAAUGCCAAUCCCGAUAGAAUGACUCCUCUAAUCCGAGGUUUACCAGAUUCUUUGAAAUUAUAUGCUGUCCAGCUGCAAGAUAGACUAUGUGAUGCGAUAGUACCUAGAGGAGGCAGGCGCAAUGCAGGAGGGGCCCUGACCUGGGGAGAAGUGGCACAGGAAUUGAUUAACUACGGCCGGAGAAUGGGUCUCACAAGGGAAGAAAGCAGGGCUAAGCCUGCUAUCCCCUGAAUAGAAGGG